UUAGAAGAAGAAGAAGAGGCGUUUUUUACUCAAGUAAAAGCAUUUGUGUAAAUUAAAUUUUUAAGCAAUGGCGUUAGAUAUAUGCUUCGAUAUUAAAACUUUCUUGGAGAGAACUUGCCGCACUUGCAGUCGUUAUUUUAAUGACGAAAUGGUUUUCUUCGGCAUAUUUCGUGUGAAGCUGAAAGAUUCAUGUAGUUUGGGAGAAGAUGAUGAAGUAGAAUAUGAAGUUAGUGAUGAUGUUAAGGAAGUUUUUGACGAUCUAAACAUAUGGAAAUUAAAUAUAAAACCCAACGACGGGUUACCAUCGCAAAUCUGUGCUGAAUGUCUAGAACGUUUUAGGCAAGUGCAUUUAUUUCGCGAAGAAUGCCUUGAUAGUCAAAAAGUACUACAAAGCUAUUUUUUAGACAUCGAGCAUCUGUUGGAAUCUGGUAAACUUUCUCCGAAAGUCGAGCCGCUAAAACCAGGCAUAGGUGAAAUUAGCGAAUUUUUAGAUUCGGCCGUUACAAAGAUCACUCAAAAGUCUCCGAUUCAUGCAAUAACUAGCGAUGUAUUUUCGCCAUUUAGUAGUCCUCGCCUACGGUUGAGCCCGCGAUUUGCUGAGAUAUCAGCUUAUGCUGACAGCAGCUCAUCAAUUGGCACGCCUCCUCCCUUAUUUGAAGAAAUGAAAACCGAACCUAUUGAUAUGGAAACAAUGGAAAGUAUAAAACCCGAGAGUGAGUUGCCUAGAGUUGAGAACAUGGAAGAAGGAAGAGACGGAACCUUGCUUAAACAAGAAUGGGAUUCUAGUGAAAAUGAAUCGUCCACACCAACCACUGACGAGGAACUAGACUCGGACGAUUCCUUUUCCUCAGACGAAGAGUUUCUCGCAGACUACCCGAAACACCAAACCGUUAAGAAAACUGCGCCUCACUUAAAAUGUAAAAUCUGUGGUGCGGCAUGUGCGAAUCGACAGCUUCUUAAAGCCCAUCAUAUGCGUCAUCAUCCACAGGAAAAGCCAUUCGCUUGUAAUAUUUGCUCCAGUUCAUUUAAAUCUACGUUUUUAUUGGCCCAGCAUAAGCUGAAACACAAUCGUCCCGACACCAUGCAAUGCCAGGAAUGUGGCAAGUACUUUCGAAGCCAAUUGCAUUUGCAACGACAUAAUAAGAAUUUUCAUUUAACUUCAACCUAUGCCUGCCAUAUUUGCCAUCAGCAGUUCGAAAGUUAUACUCAGAUGAGAUUUCAGUAUCAUUUGCGCCAACAUGGCGAAAAACGUUUUCCAUGCACUUACUGCGACAAGGCUUUUCACCAGAAGAUACAUUUGAUUAAUCACGAGCGCACUCAUACUAAAGAACAGCCAUUUAGUUGUGACCUUUGUGGCAAAGCUUACAGACAACAAACUGCUUGUCAAGAACACAUGAAAACUCACAAAGAUCCAACUCCAUUCAAAUGUAAACUCUGCCCCAAAUCCUUCAGUCAACGCUCCACACUGCGUAUUCACAUGCAAAAAACACACAACUUGACAAAAGCGUCUACAACACCUCUUAAAAGAGUGCGGUCUGAAGUUUUUGAAGAGCAACAUUUUCUUAACUUUUAAGUAAAUUGCGAACAUGUUACCGUUUUGCAAGAUUUAUUUUAACGAUUUCCUUUUACAUAUUUCUAAUCGCAAGCAUUAACUA